UAGAAAAUAACGAACAAUGCAUGCAAUAAGCGAAUCAUUCACCCAACUAUCACAUCUUCGAAAUAGGGGGCGCUAUAACAAGUGUGGCCAGAGCCGUAUUAUUAUUGGGAGGUGUAUGGCUGGUUUUUUUUUUGUGUUUUUUUAGUCGUUUGUUUGUGCAUAUUAUGACCUUUCCCCAAAAAGUGCAGCCUAAAACAUGUGAUUUAGGAUAAGAUGCACUGCGUGUACUGUUGGCGCAUAAGUCCAAGAAAACAAUAGUAUGACAUGCUGUCGAGUGCUGAAAUAUUAUUAUGUACAGAUAGGCCUAAUGCGAGUAAAAAGUGUUGAAUGAAGAGCUAAAUGGUGAUGAACCCCUCAUCAGCGCGAGUUUAAAGGCGUCUUUUGGCUAUAACUAUUUACAAAGCAUCUUUACAGCCAAAAACUUGAGAGCUUGGCCCAUUUUCGUUGAUACAUAAGCAUUUUAAGGGAAUUUAGAGAGCCCAAGAAAUGUAUAGCUCACCGAUAAGCAUAAGGCGGGCCUAUACACUUUCUUUUUUCAUGUUCUAUAAAAUUAUGCCUCAUUCAGCGUAGGCCUUUGCCGACUUUUUAAUGUCUUCGUGCCACAGUCGUCGUUAUUUUCUUGAAAGAAAUUAUUUUAGACAAUUGAAAGUCUGAAUAAAGCGAAAAUAUCGCAGCCAUCUGUGACGUACUCUUCCAUCUGUGUCUUGAUUGGUCCAUAGGUGAAGUUUAGUCACUGCAAUGUCGGUCGCCUGCGCUGCAUAAUACAGAUAGUGAAAGGUUCUCUGGAUUCAGCAGCCCCUCUUAUAGCUCUAUGAUUAUUAGCAGUGUCGGUGACGUGGCAACACCCACCGAAAGUAGUCUGUAAAAACGCAUCGACGUAGGCCUGGAGGUUCGGAGUCCACUCGAAGUUCAGUUAAAUAAAACUGAAGUUUUCAACUCGUUUAAACGUCGCCUCUAAGAAAACGAUAAUGUUCUCUGUGUUGGUUACUGGGGCUAAUCGGGGCAUUGGACUUGCGUUUGUUCGGCAGUUGCUCAGCUCCGCCAAACCACCGGUGAAUAUUUUCGCGUGUUGUCGAACACCGGAGAAUGCCGUGGAAUUGCAAUCUAUCGCCAACAGUAACUCAUCGGUAACAGUUCUUAAACUAGAUUUGUCGGAUAAACUGACAUACGAAGACGCAGUGAAACGAGUGGAGCCAGUGGUAGGUGAACAGGGAUUGAGCCUUCUGAUAAACAAUGCUGGGGUCGAUUCGUUUGGUAUCAACGUUGAGAACACGUCAGCUGAAGAAGCAGAGAGAGUCUUCAAAGUAAAUGUUACCGGAACACUUGGUGUGACUCUGGCGUUUCUGCCAUCCCUGAGACGUUCUGCAAAAUUCACCUGCAGUGAUGAGGAUACCAUGAGUAUUGAGAAAUCAGCCAUUGUAAAUAUCACCUCACAUUUGGGCUGCAUAUCCCUGCAUAAAGACAUGAAUAUUACGAACACGGCGUAUAAAGUAUCCAAGGCAGCUCUCAUUAUGCUCACCAACUGUAUGUCAAUUGACUUCGCUGCCGAUGGAAUCCUAGCCGUUGCCAUGAGCCCUGGAUGGGUGCAGACUGACAUGGGGGGUAAAGACGAAGCCCCUUUAACUCCAAAGGAAAGUGUCUGUGGUAUGUUGGCUACACUUGACAAACUCAAAGGGCUUGAGGCUUCUGGCAAGUGUUAUGGGUACAAUGGUGACAUUCUGUCGUGGUGAACAGUAUACAUCAAACACACUGUCGACCAUAAAAGAUCAGGGCCCAAUUAGAUAAUAACUUUUCUAGCUAGACCAGCAUGCACCUCAUUCAACAGUUAGCGCUAGUGCAAUGGGUAUAUGCUAAAAGGUCUAUGGACAAUAAUGACGCCUUACUAUAUGAAGGCAAUAUUUGGCAAUAUUUAAUUAGUGGCUGUGGCUAUGGCUGCAGUUGUUGCUAUGGGCCUCAUAUUUUGAUAAAACGUAGUGGCCUAAUUUUAAAAAGCUGCUCAAGCACAAAAAAAUAGCUUAGCACAAUUAAAUUAUGCUUACCUGUAUAUGGUAACCAACCAAAUUCUAAUGUCCCUCGUAUGCAGUUUGCUCACUUCUGCUUAGCAGAAAAUUGUUGAGCAAUAUUUUCUGCUGCAGCAGCUCUAUGAAAUUGGGCAAUGUUCACAUGACGAUUGAGCCACAGCCACUCAUUCAGAAACAGCCUUAGUUUAAUGUUUACUAAAAAUGGGCUGUUUUUUAAAUCAUCAAAAUCCAAUACCAUAUUGCACAAGUAGAAGGGUACUCACUAUAGGAGGCUUACGCUCAUUUUUGUUGAUUUGAUAAGCUUCUUACGCCAAGCAUUGUCAAAUCAAAUUUAUUCAAUUCAAGUGCAAUAUCCAUUGGAUUUUGAUGGUGUCAGAGCAAUUAGGAAUACAACUCUUAAAGCCAUGUCACACUGGGCAAGAUACACGCAAGCAGUUCACUCUCAUUUCAGUUUCUCAUUAUUUUACUGGGAUAGUGAAUUACAGCUAGUAGAAUGUCUCUUGUGGUGCCGAGGUGUUCCUUGGGUAUGCAGUGCAGUUGAUUGCCUCCAAGUUGCCUGAAAAAUUGCUCUGUGUGACAUGGCCUUUUUGGUAGUGUUUAUCAUGUAAAGUAAAGCCCACUUUAGGGUCAAUAAACAAAUAGAAAAUCUGAGUGUAAACCUACUUUUAAAGUGAAUGUUUUUCAUUGCUAUUGUAGCGUCGACCGUGGGUUGCGUUGUACACAGUUUAAUGACACCGCCGCUACACUAUGCUAGCUAACUAUGGCCGUGUCCGAAACGACGACUUCGGCUACAGCUACGGCUAGAUCGCGCGCGUCUGCUAUUCUUCAA